AUGGCACACACACAAAUGGCAACGAGUUUGGCUUUGAUCCUAGUGAGCGUGCUAUGGGCAGGAGCUAUGGCACAGUCUAGUUGUACAAAUGUCUUAAUAAGCAUGUCACCAUGCCUGAAUUACAUCACAGGGAACAGCUCAACUCCAUCUUCACAGUGCUGCACACAGCUUUCCAGUGUCGUUCGCUCUUCACCCCAGUGCUUGUGUGAGGUUCUAAAUGGUGGUGGCUCAUCACUUGGGAUCAACAUCAACCAGACCCAGGCUCUUGCUUUGCCUGGUGCUUGCAAUGUUCAGACUCCACCCACCAGCCGCUGCAACGCCACUUCUCCAGCCGCCUCUCCAGCAGGAACACCAGAAGUUCCAAGUACACCUUCAGGAACUGGAUCUAAAACUGUACCAUCAAGAGAAGUAGAUGGAACAUCAAAUGGGAGCUCCACCAAGUUGUCAAUCUCAUUGCUCGCAUUCCUUCUCUUUGCAGCUUCAUAUGUUUCAACCUUCACAACAUACUGAUUUUCUGAUCAGCAAGUCCACCCUUCACUAUUUCCCAAUCUUGCAUAUUCCCAGCUAUUACUGUUUUUAUAAUUUAUUAUUGAUUUCUCUUUGGUUGAUGGUGUAUGUAUUAUUUACUUUUCUUGACCUCAUUUGAGGUUGUAUUACUGGAGAUAUCUACCUCUCUUCCCUUCACAAUAAAAACAUCAUUUCAUGCCUAA